AUGUACGAGUACUCUUCAAGUGCCGAUGAGCGUCUGGAGGAGCUACGUGAGAGCGAUGUUCGUGUUAACUACAAGGGUACUGUGGAAUGGCAUCCGAUGGCCAUCUACAAGAGCACCUGUUCUGUGCAGAUCAAAUAUUUCCCAUUUGACAAGCAGGCCUGCAAAUUGAAAUUCGGGCCAUGGACACAUGAUGGGCCUGAGUACAGCCUCUUCCAGCAAGCGGGACUCGAAAGAGGAGAAUUCCGAUUCAGACUCAGAGGCAAUGCCUCCUCGAUCCUGAUGCGUCAAUGGGUCUACCGUUGA